AUGACUAGUAGCCUCGUGUUUCUAGGCUUUGUGGUUAGUGCAGAGGGUAUUCAUGUUGAUGAAGAGAAGGUUCGUGCUAUUAGAGAUUGGCCUACCUCGAAGACUGUCAGUGAAGUUCUUAGUUUUCAUGGCCUAGCCACAUUCUAUAGGAGAUUUGUAAGAAAUUUCGGCAGCAUUGUAGCACCUAUAACUGAAUGCAUGAAAAAAGAAAAGUUCAAUUGGGGGGAAGAUGCGGAUCGUAGCUUUGCACUGAUCAAGGGGAAGUUGUCCACUGCACUUGUGCUUGCACUUCCAGAUUUUCAAAAAGUCUUUGAAGUUAAUUGUGAUGCGUCCAUCAUAGGAAUUGGUGGUGUUUUAUCUCAGGAAGGGUGUCUAGUUGCCUUUUACAGUGAGAAACUCAGCGAAGCUCGGCAGAAGUGA